UACACGGGAGCAUGAUGAAGCCCAUCGCAACGAUCCUCUUACUGAUGUGGACCUUUAAUGUAGCUGCUGCUUUUCUUUGCUACUCCCAUGACCCUGAGAAUGACAAAUCUUCGGUGGUGUUUUGCCAAAACUCCUGCUACUCUGUUGGUGUAAAGUUGUUUGCCCUUGAACGUUUGAAAAAAGGGUGUGCUGACAAGACUUAUGAAUACGGCUGUAAAACAGGUGACUUCCUCGGACUUGCUGGAGGACACAUGUGCUUCUGCAACACUAUCCUCUGCAAUACCUCGUCCGUGUCCUUCGUCGUCAUGCCUCUUCUAAUAAUAUCAUUACUUCUGCUGAGGCUCCUGUGAAACACUCCUCCCUGUUAUAUUUCAUUAAUGCUCAUUUAGUUUAAUAUCUUUAUUAUACAUUCCAUACCCAGCCUGUAGGCAGUAGUAAUCUGCAAGGACAUGCUGAAAUUAAGAGGCCUGUUAAUGUAGAAGCUUAAAGGAACUAUAAUGCUAAAGAAAAGUUUCUUGUAUAUGGGUAACUGAAUACAGUCAGUUAAUAUAAAAUAAACAUUUUAUUUAAUUUAAUAAGAAAUGAAGAGCGUGUGAACCUGCAUCAAUCACUUUUGUUCAUUAAGAAUACUGCAUUUACUCUAGAACAGUGCUUAUCUACCUGGGUAACUAGUCACCCUGGGGUGACCUAUUCCAAGACCAGCAGUGACCUGGCUGGGGUAACCCAAGAGAGAUCUAACUCAGUAUGUAGAUAUAGCAGCAGAAUACAAUGUAUAUACCUCCUGCAUUGACUUUUCUUUCCUAAGUCAGUUCAAUUGCUUUUUGUAUCCUCUUGUGGGCGUAUAGUGGGUUACAGCCAGAUGAUCGGUGAAGGGAAACGCAUCCUUAGUUAUGUUGCUUUAUUCAAUACAGGUAUUAAGACAACAUACCAAGCAGCCCUACACAUCCAUCUCAGUCAGGUAUUGCAUUUUCGCAGUAUGUAGGUCUUAGAUCUGGGUGAUGCUUGGGGUGGCGUCGGCCAGGCACACAGCGACACAAGAGCAAGAAGAGUCUGGAGAGCUUUCCCCAUUUUAAUGGUUACUGCAUGUAAUCACUGGUUACAUACACCAACCACACAGGCCCAAAGAAGGCAACAUUGCUGUCAAACUUGGUUUCAAAAUCUGUCAGCAUUACUAUGAAACAGAUACCUAGAGAAGAGAUCACUUCCUCCUGGCGUAAACUGAUUUGUCAGUAAACAGCAAAAAACUAUUAAAUGAAUGAUAAAUAUUGUUGUAUUAAUUGAAUAUUUAUUUUAUUUUAUUAAACAUGAUUUGUGCUAACUCAUAAUUUUUUUUUUCAAUUAUUUUUAAUUCAGUUCAGAUAAUCAAUAAUAAAUUAAAUACUUUAAAGAAGCAAGUUUGUCAAUCCUUUAGCUAUUGGGAGUCAUUUUAGAGAUAAGGAUCUAGUUAUGCCAUCUUUGUGCUCUGAUGUUAUUAAUCAAUAUACAUGUUGUGUCUAUAUUGCUAGAUAUGUUGGUAGUACAGUUAGAAACUUCCAAACUAGAAUAUGUGAACACAGAGGUCCCUAUUAAACUAGCUAAACCUUCUUUCUCAAUUGUAAGAUUACAUUCCAAAACAAAGAGAUCAUUUAUAAAGAAUAAAAAGUGACUAUAUCAAAGCAGGAGCAAUAUACAAAUAACCUGCAUUUAAGAAACUGAAAUUCAUAGCUAUGUUUUGUUCCACCUUGAACUAAUAAUGUUUAUGGUCCAAACCGGACCGAAAUGUCAUUAGUUUCUUUUUCUAAGUGCAGGUUAUUUGUGUAUUUGUAAAA